AUGCCCAGCUUCAGAGGCCUGGGCAAGCACAGCAACCGUUCGCAGCACGCGGUUGCCGAGGUGUCGCCACAGCAGCAGCAGCAGCAACUACAACAGCAGCAGCAGUCCGGAGCUGUGUCUCAACAACCUACAAGAGCACCACCGGCGCCGGCUGAGGCAGAUUUGCAGCACCCGCCGCACCCCGACGCGACCCCUCAGUCAGCCUUGCGGACGAGUGCCCUCAGCUCCAGCGAGUCGUUUAACGUGACGCAGCAGCAGCAGCAACAACAACAGCUUCAGCUUCAGCAGCAAUUGCAAGCUCAGCAGCAGUCCGGAGCAGUUGGUGCUGGUCCGGCUCUCCUGUUUCACUCGGGCUCGUCCGGCGUCGGCCCCUCGCCUGUGCAGAACCCCGCCGUCAUUGGGCCAGCGCCCGCUUUUGAUGGCCGCCAGCAGCUCCAGCAGCUCCAGCAACAGCAUCAGCUGAAUCAACAGCCUCAAAUUCAACCUCAACUCCAGCAUCAGCAUCAGCAACCUCAACCUUUGCCGCCGCAGCAGAGCACGGGCAAGCUGCAGAAGCAACAGCCGCCACCGCCACAGCAGCAACAGCAGCAGCCCCCCGGCGAUUUUGCUGAAGCCGCCUCCGCCGUCCGCCAGAGUCAGCGCUACAGCGCAUCGCUCCACCACCUCUUCAACGUCUCGCAGACGUCACUCAACGAACUGACGGGCCAUCACCAGGGCCAGGCCGCUGCCUCUGCUUCAGCCUCUCAAGCCUCGCAAGGCUCUGCCCCCGAGAAGCGAUCGGCACGCAAGAUCAUCAAGGGCAUCUUCUCCGGCCGCAACAACCACGACAACCACCGCGACGCCCCCGCAGCAGCUCAGAACUACGACAACACCGUCGGGCUCGCCCGCAGGCCGUCCAAGCGCAUCAGUCACAGCAACCCGCCCAACGUCAAGACGGGACUCUCGCCCCAGCCAGACCGCGACUGGCACACGCCCAACUCAUCCGUCCACCAGACAUCGCCGCUGCAAGGAGUGGGCGAGGCUGAAGAGUACGGCUACGAUCACGACCAGGCCCGCCUCCAGCACGACCCCCGACUGUCCGUGCCGCCCAUCAACACCAUCCGUGAGGCGCACGCCGACGAGAUACAAUCGCCCUACGACGACUAUCAUCACUCGCAGCAGCAGAUCCCGCCUCCGCCUCAGUUGCAGCAGCCCCAGUCCGCUCACCCACAAGUGCUUGCAUCUCAGGAAUCCCUGCAGCAGCAGCAGUUUGAGUUUCAGCAACAGCAACAGCAGCAACAACAAUUUGAGUUGCAGAUACAGCAGCAACAGCAUCAGCAGCUUCAGUACGAUCCCCAGCAGGCAGUCUACGAUCAGCAAGGUCACCCUCAGCAACAGCAGCAGCAAUUGCCACAGGCCCCCCAGCAGUAUUACACCGCCAGCUCACCGCAAGAUCAAUAUCAGCAGACGACAGACCCGCGCAUUGUCACUACGCAUCUAGGCCAACAGCAGCUGCACCAGCAGCAGAACCCAGAAACCAUCUCUCAGCUCUCACGCGAGUCACCAGCUCCCGAUUCGGACCAGCGAUCGCUCAAUCAACAGCUGGAGCAGCAACCGUCACCUGCCGUCCAUUACUCUGUGCCGGCACAAGAAUCCGUUUCCAGCAUCACUCUGCCUCCCGUCCAGCCCACGAACCAGCAGCAGCUCUCGCAACCUGCCAUGGCACCGCCCGGAGGAGGCGCACCUACGAACCGUGCUGACAAGGCCCUUCCUGGCGCACCCCCUGGAUAUCGUCACACUCACACCAACUCCAACAUGACCUCGGUACCCGGCGCACCUCUCCAGCCCGGCCAACAGCCUGCUGGAGCCGCCGCCGGUGCUGGUGCUGCCGGAGCCGCCGCCAGCGGCGCGGGUGCUCCACCGCGGUAUGAAGCGGCGACUGGCGAUCAAGGCCGGAAUAGUCCUCAGCCUUCGACCCAUGAGCGCGACAAUGCCGAAUCGGAAAAGGCAUUUAAAGAAUUACGUUUGUCUCCUAUUUCCUUUACCCUCUUUCUCCUCUCGUCUCUGGUUACGCCGCCUGGGGGUUGGGAUGGCGUAGGUUAUCCAAUCACAAAGUAUAAGAACGUGAAGCGCCUCUACUUUGAUGGCAAGUCCCAGAUCGAACAGCUUAAUGGCCAGAUUGAGCAUCUGCAGAAUGCCGUCGCCAACCAGCGCAUGUCGCAAUCGCGGACCGCCCUCGACGACAACGAGUACGUCAACAGGUUCAACCGACUCAACGGCGCCAUCAACAACCUGUCAUUCAACAUUCGCAAGGACUGGCGACGCCUGCCCCAGUGGCUCGAGAAAGUUGUCAGCCCCGACGCCCUCAAGACGGGUAAGCAGGAGAUGACUGCAGUGGGCAGAGCCGUCAUCACCAAGUGGAUAGUGGACGAGGUCUUCAACAAGUGCUUCCACCCAGACUUGGAUGCCGCCUUUAGCAGCCAACUCAAGGAGAUUGAGCUCCACAUCCGAGGCAAUGCGUACACCAUGCACAGCCAGGAGGAGUUUGACGCGCUGACGACCAAAGUGGUCAACUGGCGGAUGGCGACGCUCGAUGGGCUGCAGCACAAGCUCAACUCGACAACAGCGGGAGACAACCGCGCAGGGCUGAUUGCCAAGAUGACCACCAACCUGGCCGCACACCUGUACCAGUUCCUCAUUGAGCCGCCGCCGGCCGGAGUCGAAGGUAGCACCUCGAUGAUUGUGGAGCUGGCCAUUGGCAUCGCUGCCAACCUGCCGCGGGAGAGCCGAGACGUGACCAUUAUGUAUCCUCUGCCAGGAGACGUGUUGCAGGCGGGCUUCAUGGAAGUCGAAAAGGGAGGACUGCCUUCUCUCGAUGGCCAGAAGGAGGGAGAGGCCAAGGUGGAUGCCGAUGCAGACAAGGAUAAGAGCAGCAGCAGCGGAGAUUCAAGCAAGGCCGGAUUCCCCAAAGAUUCCGGUCGCGUACGAUUUGCAGGAUUUGUGGCCAUUGAAGUAAGAGGGCGACAGGUGUUGAUGAAGGCCCCGGUAUGGACAUUGUAG